UGGGCCUGGCUUUCAAGCUUGGUUGCGAAGAGCCUUUACCGCUGUGAGAACUGACUUACUACCUAGCUGAGGAGACAUCAGGACGGAUACCAUAUCCUACCACACCUCUUCUUUUCAAAGCAGCCCCCUCGACUGUUGGAUACUGUUCAGGAACUUUUUGAAACCGGACAACACACUUUUAUAACCUUUUGAAAGUAAUGGAUUUUGAAAAGACCUAACCUGGAUGGUUUGCUGUUUUGUUGAAAGCCUGCUGUUGGAGUUUGCAAAGUUUUGAAGAGGUUGCAUUAAGUCUUUCUGGAGGGGAACUAACCUAAAGCCGGAAUAUGGAUCAAGCCAGUGGCGGGGAGGACCCGAAUAAACCCUCUAAAAAGAAGUCCAACGAGGACGAGGGUAAAAACAAAAAGCUGAACAUACAUAUAAAAACAUUGGCUGAUGAUAUGCGUGAUCGCAUUACCAGUUUCAGGAAAACAGGGAUGAAGAAGGAGACCCUGAUACAGCACCCAACAGACCCCCUCUCUAUCCAGGCGGAGCUGCCAGUUCCUCAGCCUCUGUUUGACGACCGCUCUAUGAACCUUUCAGAGAAGGAGAUCAUUGACCUCUUCGAGAAGAUGAUGGAGGACAUGAACCUGAAUGAAGAACGCAAAGCCCCUCUGCGUGGAAAGGACCUAAGCACCAAACGCGAGAUGGUGGUCCAGUACAUCUCAGCCACUGCAAAAUCUAUAACUGGGAGCAAAGUUCCGGGUGGACUUAGGAACAGCAGGCAUGAGAGUACGCUUUCCUCCCAAGAAUACGUCCACGAGCUGCGCUCCGGCAUCACAGAAGAAAAGCUGCUCAACUGUCUGGAGUCGCUAAGAGUGUCUCUAACAAGUAACCCUGUCAGUUGGGUUAAUAAUUUCGGUCAUGAGGGUCUUGGCCUUCUGCUGGAUGCGUUGGAAAAGCUGCUGGAUAAGAAACAGCAAGAGAAUAUUGAUAAACGGAACCAACAUAAACUCAUCCAAUGCUUGAAGGCUUUUAUGAACAACAAGUAUGGACUGCAAAGGAUCUUGGGAGAUGAGCGGAGCCUGCUGCUGUUGGCACGAGCCAUUGACCCAAAACAGACCAGCAUGAUGACAGAGACCGUCAAAAUUCUCUCUGCUUUCUGUAUUAUUGGAGAGGAAAACAUCCUGGAUAAGAUUCUUGCUGCCAUGACGAUUGCUGCAGAGAGGAACAACAGAGAGAGAUUUGCUUCGAUUGUGGAGGGACUGGAGAACCAUGAAGCCCAGCAGCUCCAGGUCGCUUGCAUGCAGCUGAUCAAUGCUCUGGUCACCUCCCCUGAUGACCUGGACUUCCGGAUACACCUACGCAACGAGUUCUUGAGAUGUGGCCUCAAGAAGAUCCUACCUGAGCUGAAAGAGACAGAGGAGCUCGACAUCCAGCUGAAGGUGUUCAAUGAGAACAAGGAGGAGGACUCCAUCGAACUCUCUCAUCGCCUGGAUGACAUCCGCGCUGAGAUGGAUGAUAUGAAUGAAGUGUACCACCUCCUGUCCAAUAUGGUGAAAGACACUGGAUCAGAGAACUACUUCCUGUCAAUCCUUCAACACCUUUUGCUCAUCAGGAAUGACUAUUACAUCAGGCCUCAGUAUUACAAGGUGAUAGAAGAGUGCGUGUCUCAGGUGGUCCUGCACCGCAGUGGAAUGGACCCUGACUUUGGCUACAGUAAAAGAUUGGACGUGGACUUCACCCACCUGAUUGAUCAGUGUGUGGAUAAAGCCAAAGUUGAGGAGAGUGAGCAGAAUGCUGCAGAGUACUCCAAAAAGUUUGAUGAGGAGUUCAGUGCACGACAGGAGGCCCAGGCCGAGUCUCAGAAGAAGGAAGAGAAGAUCAAAGAGUUGGAGGGGAAGAUCCAGGCCUUGGAGUCCCAGAUUGCAGCAGGUCCAACUGCGCCCGGAGCCCCACCACCUCUUCCAGGGGGUGUAGCAGCUCCCCCACCUCCUCCACCACCUCCUCCCCCACCUCCACCUGGUGGCUGCCCCCCCCCUCCACCGCCACCUCCUCCUCUCCCUGGUCAUGCUAGCAUACCGCCGCCACCACCUCCACCUCCACCCGGUGGAGGACCUCCACCUCCCCCGCCACCUUUCUUUGGGGGCCCAGGUGGGCCUCCACCACCUCCCUCACUGCCUGUCGUCAAGCUGCCUUACGGACUGGAGGCCAAGAAGACCUACAAGCCUGAGUCCGUGAUGAAGAGAGUGAACUGGACCAAGAUAGUGCCUCAGGAAAUGGCAGAGAAUUGCUUCUGGAUCAAAGUCAAAGAAGAGAAGUUUGAGGAUCCUGACCUAUUUGCUCAGCUGUCCCUGUGCUUCUCCUCGCAGAGCAAAGUGAAAAAAGACCUGAAAGAUGAGACCGAUGACAGAAUGCAACAUUUCAAGAAAAAGGCGAAAGAGCUUCGUAUCCUGGAUGCCAAAACAGCUCAGAAUCUCUCAAUUUUCUUGGGCUCGUUCCGCCUGCCUUAUGAAGAGAUCCGGGACAUUGUGCUGGAGGUAGACGAGGAAAGACUGAGCGAAUCACUCAUCCAGAACCUGAUAAAGAACCUGCCGGAGCAGAAAGAGCUGAAUGCGCUGGCGGAACUAAAGGGUGAAUAUGAAGAGCUUGUGGAGUCGGAGCAGUUUGGCAUUGUGAUGAGUUCAGUAAAACUCCUACGACCACGUCUUAACAGCAUUAUAUUCAAGUUGACGUUUGAGGAGCAGGUGAACAACAUCCGGCCAGACAUCAUGAAUGUGACAUUUGCCUGUGAGGAGGUGAAGAAGAGUGAAGGCCUAAGCAGACUCCUGGAGUUUGUGUUGCUGGUCGGCAAUUACAUGAAUGCCGGCUCAAGGAAUGCCCAGACAUUUGGUUUCAACAUCAACUUCCUUUGCAAGCUCCGAGACACAAAAUCCAUCAGUCAGAAUACAACACUUCUUCAUUUCCUUGUUGAGAGGUGUGAAGAGGCUCACCAAGAGAUUUUGAGGUUUCCAGAUGAACUGGAGCAUGUGGAGAGUGCCAGCAAAGUGUCUGCUGAGAUCUUAAAAAGCAGUUUGACCACCAUGGAACGUCACAUUCAGAGGCUUGAGAGCGACAUCGAGAACUUCCCCAAAACAGAUGACCAACAAGAUAAGUUUGUGGAAAAGAUGUUGGGCUUCUCCAAGCAUGCAAGGGAGCAGUAUGAAAAACUGUCAACGAUGCACAAGAACAUGCAGAAGCUCUACGAGAACAUAGGCAGUUUUUUGGCCUUUGACCCCCACUCAGUCACUGUGGAGGAUUUCUUCGGAGAGCUCGCCAACUUCCGCCUGCUCUUCUUGGAAGCAAUGAAGGAGAACCACAAGAAGAGGGAGAUGGAGGAGAAGAUCAAGAGAGCCAAGCUGGCGAAGGAGAAAGCAGAGCGCGAGAAGCAGGAGCGCCAGCAGAAGAAGAAGCAGCUGAUUGACAUGAACAAAGAGGGAGAUGAAACUGGUGUGAUGGACAGCCUAAUGGAAGCUCUGCAGUCUGGAGCUGCCUUCCGUGAUCGGCGAAAACGGACACCUCGAAAUGGUGAUCAAAGCCCUUCCAGUCCAUCCUCUCGGUGGCCGGGUGCUAACUAUGGUAACAGAACACUAGACAACCGGCGCGCAGUCCUGGAAAGGUCUCGUUCACGCCACAACGCAAAUCACCAAGCUCGAUGAUCGUCCACACCUACCACAAGACGCUAGAUAAGUGCCAAAGAGGCCUGCGAGGUGGAAACUGUGGAGACAUCUGAAGGAGGGACAGACCGCCCCUCACUGUAGCGCUCACACACACACACACACACUGACACACACACAUAGCACUCACAAACUAACACACAGCAAUUCAACAAAAGAAACUGAUAAUGAUGCCUUACAUAUUUAUUCAACACUUUAUCGUCGCUCUAAAUAUUUGUGUCCUAUUUAGAUUAGGGCUGCUGCGGUUGAAAGUAAAGUGUUUUUGCUUGGAAUUACAUUUUAAUUCAUGCUAAUUUUUUUUUGUUAUUGAAAUACUUCAGUUUAUAUGAAAAAUGCUGUGUUUUGAAAAGAAUCAAGGAAGACUGCACCGUAGUGUAUGGAUCAUUUUGUCAUAUUGUCCAGAAAAACAUACCACACUCAGCAACGGUGCAGAGGGCCGGCGGUCCUUUAAAGAUUGAACGGCCAACAUCCUGCUGAUGUUUUCUUCAACAAUUCUCUGAACUUUUCACAGAAGAGGAAGUGGUUUUGUUUUUAUUUUGUUGUAUUUCUGUCACCAGUAAAUGUACAAACAAAUCUCAAUUAAUCAUUUAGUUUCAUCACAAAUCCCACAAAGCCACAGGAGGCGUCUCCUGUCUGUGCCGAUAUUUCAGAGCAUGUGACUCAUGGAUCUCAGAACUGUAAUCUCCGUUUUGACAGGACACAUUUUAUUUUUAGUUGUAUAAUAUCUGACCAAUGCCUUCGGGUGUUGAUCUCUGUUCCAAGGUCGCUUUUGCUGUUAAUGUGAGAGACUGACACAUUUCUAAAUGCAUAUAACUGCCGAGGGGAGCGAACCCGACCCUUUGACCUUUCCUGCUGUCACACAGGUUUCAGUGGGGGGUGUGGAUUGUACAAAGGUAUGACAACAUUUUGAAAAGGAUUCUAUUUUAAUCUUUGUAUAUUUUUUUGCUUUUUUUUAUCAGAAUUCUCUCUAAAUAAGACUACUGGGAAACGAAUUGCUCCAUUUAGAAAUCCCAGAUUUAAUUAUUUCCCCGUUUUGCAAAAAAAAAAAUACAUAAUUAAAAAAACUCUGUAGGAUAACAAAUUUAAACUUAGGGUCAUAUUUACACAUUAUUAUUUUCAACAUUUUUUACCACUAUGAAGGUGUAAUUAAUAUCAACAGAGAUAUGCAGCUUAAAGGGUAAAUGUAAAAUGUUCUUAGGCUUCAGAUGUAUUUUAUUCAUGAAAGGUUUCAGCAUGGAAACACAAACACCUGGCUCUUGGUGUUAACGUGCAGAUCAGUUGAAACUCUGCUGUAAGUUUUGUUUCUCCGUAAGGACCCACUGUCACACAGUUCUUCACGUGAACUAUUUAUUCAUAUAUUCAUGCCUAGGGCCACCCUGUCCCCUCACUGCCCUAAACUGUAAGCAGAUGCUACUAAAAACAACCACUGAAUCCACAUGGAGAUUGGGCACGAGCAGAAUAAUCGACUAAGGGGAACAGAAGACAAGAUGAUGCUUGUCUUAGCAAGUGAGUCUCCAAAGACCCUUCAAUUCCCCAACACUAAUAGCAUAAGUGACCCUUUUUACCAUAACACAAGUUACUUCAGUAAUACCAGAGCUUUGCUUCAAGCUUUCUGUGUUUCUGUGUGUGUGCGCGCGCCAUGCCAGCUCAGUAAUCGGACAGGAACCCAGACAAAAUAGGAUUCAGUGUGCUUGACUCCUGGGCUGAAGAGAUGGAGAUUUUUCAUUUCAACUAAUCUGCCGCUGCUGUUUGUGAUGUGUCUGUUUCAUGAUGCCUCCUCUCCCGGCCCGCAUGCUUCUAAAAAUGCAAUUUUACACAUCAUCUCGGCUCAAGGUGCAUCCACAGUGCUCUGAGAAGUCUGCAUAUUUAAGAAGAUAAUAAUUCUCCCGCAAAUAUAAGGUGAAUGCAGUCGCUCAGAGAAAGUAUAGAGAAUGAGGUUUCCACAUAACGGAUGCUGCGGGGAUAAGAGUUUAAAGGUGUGUUGUAUAAAGCGGGGAAAGAGAUGAUUUCCUUUUUUAAUCUCAAUUCACCCUCUGUUCUAACACGACCGCGCCUGUAUGGUUUAGGUACAGUAUGAAUAUCAGAUCUCCAUUGACACCAAUGUCUGCUGGGACAUUUGGUGUUUUUCAACCCUCUGAUUGAAUACUGUACAUGCCAAAACAACCAGUAGUUCAUGGUUGUCAAUUUGACUGACACUUUUUCUUGACUAUUAAAUCAAAUCAGAUUAUUUUCACAUGUGCCAACUUCUUCUUUUGGUUUGUUUUUGGAAAAACCCAGUUCUCCCCAUACAAUGAGAGAAAACCUCAAUGUUUAUUUUGUUUUGUAUAUCAAAGGGAGUACAGGUAUCUUUUUUGUCAAAGUAUGAGAAAGAUUGUACAGACUUAAAAACUAAGUUUUAUUUUAUUUGAACUAUUGUAUGAAAAUUGAUCCAAUUAAGAACUCAUUCAAGUAGGAUAUUUUGAUGUGAUAGUCAUGUGGUAUUUCUCAUCUGAAACACUCAAAAAUAUUUAGUUAGAUGUAAUUUAUUUGGACUUUCAUUUCCAUUGUGGAGUGUGAUGAGUUAGGAGCUACGGCGUUAGCAGUUGUAGAAGUUUCAGAUCAUCCAUCUUCACUGCAACAGUGCGAUGCAACCCAAAAUUGGAUUACAACAUUGAAAUUACAGGUUGAUGCUGUUCCAUACCUAAAAUUGAUGGAGAGCAUCGGCAGACAACAUGACCGUUGUUUUAUUUUAUGAAAGAAGAAAAAAUAAUAGAAACUUCUACAAUGACAACAUUCCUCAUCUUCCCUGUAAGUGAUUGAAUCAUUUCCCCUCUCAUUCCAUCUAGUAAGAUAAUCAAGAGUUAUGUGUUGAUAUAGAAGAUAGCAGGAGUGUUUCAGGUCAAAGAACCUGUAUUGUUCCAUCAUUUUAGUGUGAAAAACAGGCCUAUAUGUGUUUGUGCCGAUCAUCCCGUUGUAUUUUAGCUUGUGACUAACAAACCUGAACCGGUGUUGACUUGUGCUCAUGGUGAUUAUAGGAACGAGGAGGCAGGGGUAUGAAUUAUUGACAAACUGUAAAAGGUGCCAUUUUGGUGUCAGUUGGUGGUUUAUUUAAAAGAAAACUGCACUUUACCUCACAAGAGAUUCUGCUCAGGCAGAGGAAGCGUUGUUUGGAUACGACAUUGCCACUAACAGAGCAAACUAUUUGCAAAGUCUUUCUUUUGGUAAACAUUUCCAGCUGCCACAUAUCCAGUUCUUCCCUACUUUGUGAGUGCUUACUAUUGAUUUGUGGAAGACCAAUUGCGGCCGAAGGAAUAAACACCACUCAUAGCUGUUGACAAACCCUGUCCGACCGUGAUGUGUAAGCUGCCAUAUCCCUGCCUACCCUCGUCGUUGUCAUUGAGUAUGUUUUAUUGUCUUAAGAAACAUUUAUAUUUGUAACAUUGUAAGCUUAUUUGUAUCCUUAAGAACAUGAAUAAAUAAAAUGGUUAUGCACACUGUCCUUCCAUAGAUCAUGUAAUGGAUCAUCGUACUAAAUAAUAACCACUUUGUUAUAUAAACAGAUUUCUGAAAAAUA